UGUACAGCAGCAGUGGCGUAACCUCUUCCUCGCCCCAAGAGGCUUAUCCUUCAAUUGCGGAUGUGUUGACACGUGGGGAGACGAUGUCCUCCAUUUCGACAAUGGCGGAUUCAUUGCCUGACACCGAUUACAUAGCCCCGAUGAUCUCCACCCCCACACCGAGAUCAAAACGCCCUCCGAAGCCGAAAGUAUCCACAGUAUCAGUGUUCGCUGGGGCCUCUGGGGUCACUAUCACAGGUGGAAGUAUCAUCACCUCAGGCGGGAGUAUCAUUCGGGGAAACAUACCUGAAAUCGAGUCUCCUGAGUAUAGCGAGGAUGAGGAAACCGUUGAAGUGUCUAGUUUCAAAGGUGUUAAUGGGAUGAAGGGUACUGGAAGUGUGCGUAUUGUUACCGCUGGAGGGGAUGUGAUUUCAGGGCGUGGUGGUGCGUCAUCGCCGAAGAGGCGGGGUACUGUCAACGUUCAUGCGUUCACUAAGGCUCGAGAUAUCCAGUUGGGGGGUGUUGAGAUGCUGAAUGCUAGCGAGAACGUGAUACUUGGAUGAUCCCAGUGCAUUCCCAUUGCGCAACGCACUGAGGUAUACAGAAAUGAAUGACGAGACGGAAACAAAAAACCUUGAGGGAUGAGAGGAGAGGAUGAUGGUGCCAAUGGAAGGGCCUCGGUUCCGAAUCAAUCUUUAGAUUUCAGACAGUCGUGAUUGUUCGACCGAAAAAAGCCAGAGAGUUCCACGGC